GCCCAACUGCACGACUUUACCCGCCCCGCCUCGGCCGGGCUGUUUAUUCCUCAGCCUGCCAACCUGCGUUCAUCAUUAGACAUCGACUCUUCCCACCCGUGCGCUUCUCCUGCUUGCAUCCGUCCUACGUUGUAUUCUCGUCCUCUCCUAGAACGUGAUUCUUUGUCCUUCUGCUGCGUUCGUGCUUCUUCGUCUCCUCUUCAUCCGAUACGCAUCUUCUCUGUUGUUGUUCCUCUCGUCCCAUGACGUGUCUCAGCUGGCCGACGUCAGCCUCUCGUCCCUGAGGCGGCAUUCCUUCGCGGGCGAACAAAAACACCAUCGAGAGAAACCAUACGCAGACCCAAGAAAGCAGAAAGCGUUCCCCUCUGCUGCCGGCCCGACCAGCCGCGCUCCUCACGAUGCGCACUCCACGGAUCGUGAUCCUCGUCCUUUGCAUAUCCACGUCCCUCUUCCUCCUUUUCCGCGCGGCGACAGCUUCCAGGACACCCGCAGCCUCCCGAUACCCCACCAGCGUCCGACCGACCACAUCCGUAUGGGGCCUCCUCUUCUACAACACGCCCUUCUCCCUCUUCCCUCCCAAUGCCGCCAUCAGCUUGACCGAUGACAACAGCACAUCCUUCGCGGCCCGCCCCGCUGCCUUUGGGCCCCGGCUGCUGCCCAGCGGCCUGAGCGGGCAGCUGUGGGUUGGCAGCGGCUUCACCGACGACAGCCUAGACGGCAAUGGCGAGCUGGGCUGCAGCGACCUGCCCGGCUGGGAUGCUGCGGGUGCGAAGCAUGCGUUGAAGCAGUCUUCCCACGGCGCUGCGCAGCACGGGGGCGUUUCCAAGUCGAUGCGCCGCCCGGGGCGUGCCGGAGAGCUCCUUGGCUUGGACAUGCCCAAGAAGGAUGCUGAAGCGAGCCUCGAACAAGUCCCUGCGAACGAUGGCACCGAUAACCACCUCCACAAGGGGCCCCGCGGUUCCCUCACUCGCCGAGAUUCCUCUACGUCUUCCCACGCCGAUAUCCAGUCGAUCCAGGAGGGAGCCGAGAUCAAGGGAAAGAUUGUACUGCUGAUGCGCGGAGGUUGUGGGUUCCUGGACAAGGUCAUGUGGGCGCAGCGAAGAGGUGCCAUUGGCGUCAUUGUUGGCGACAACAUCAAGGGCGGUCCGCUCAUCCAGAUGUUUGCUCACGGCGACGAGGUUGACGACGUGGCGAUCCCGUCCGUCUUCACGGCCCGGACGACUGCGCAGCUGCUCUCCUCGCUCACGCAGCCCGGCAGUUUUAUCGAGGACACGCUGGACGACAAUGGUAAUCCCGUCCUCAAAGUUCAACAAGGCGCCAAGGCCUUGAAAAGCAAGGGCCCAGUCUCCAAGAAGAAGACACCAUCGAAGAGGCCCAAGACUUCGAGCAAGGAAAAACGAAGCAUAAGCGCCAAGGGAAUGGAGGCCAAAGACCAGCCAAGUGGUUGGCUCUCGCGCCUCUUCAGCUGGGGCACGUCUUCUCGCGGCGUCCACAGCGAAAGCAGGCCGCCCAGCAGUGGGCAGCUGGACUGGGUCAUGGUGGAAGAUUGGGAUGACGAGCAGGACAGCACCAUCAAGCCCAGCGCGGCGAAGACAAAGAAACUGCCAAAGCGACCCAAGGUGGAAGGCGACGACUUUGUCAUUGGGGUUCAGGACUGGCGUGACCCGGAUCUCCUGGGCAAAGCGCGGGUGACGUCUGGGGGCAAGAAGGCGUCAAAUAAAUCCAAUCUCAAGGGCGACAUCUCCGACAAGGAAUCCGACGCCGAUGAGCCAAAGGGAGGGAGCAUUACGCCGAGCAGCGGUGAAUAUAAGAUGCGCAAAGUAUCUGAUGAUGAAGGUGAGGCCGAUGCCGCCUCCGAGCUGAAAAGGUCUCCGUCAACCAAGAGCCACGGUCUCAUUUCAAGAAUCUUUGGCGACGACAACGACGAGGACGACUCAGAUGGCAUCGUUCUCGACCCGGUAGAUGACGACUACCAGGACGACGUACCAGAAGAGGACGGAGAGCCCGUGCGCCAUGAAGGCCUCUGGGUAACCAUCACGCCAACCAGCAGCGCCAGUCCAUUCUUCGACACUCUCCUUGUGCUCGUCAUCAGCCCUCUGGUGACGCUCUCGAUCGUGUACGCCCUUUUGGUUUUGCGCGCCAAGAUCCGAAGGAGAAGAUGGCGGGCCCCCAAGUCUGUGGUCGAGCGUCUCCCAGUCAGGACAUACCACACCGUUGCCCGCUCCCCCAGCAUGUCUCCCAGGGUGCCUUCUCCGGGAAGCGCAACGCCGACGACGCCGCUGUUGCAGCACAACAACAGUUCCAGCCCGCCCAGAUCGAGACCUCGCUCCAGGACGACCACUGGGGUCUUGGAAAGUGCAAACUUUCUAACUCCGACUCCCAGUGACCCGUCAUUGGCGCCACGGGACUCUCGCCCCAGCCGUCCAGGGCAUGAACGAGGGGCCUUUUCGGCAGAGUGGAAAAAGUACAUGGGAAGGCAGGUGGAAUGCGUUGUCUGCUUGGAGGAGUAUAUCGAUGGCGUAAGUAGGGUAAUGAGGCUUCCAUGUGGCCACGAGUUCCACGCCGACUGCAUCACUCCGUGGUUGACCACACGUCGACGAACAUGCCCCAUCUGCAAAGGGGAUGUAGUCCGCUCUUUGGCUCGUGGCUCGUGGGCUGGUCCUCGAUACGAGCCAUACCGGGAUGAUGGCGACGAUGAUGACGAUGACGAGCAGGUAGCCGAAGGCUCGGGCUAUCGAUCUUCCAGCGGCGACGAGGACAUUGAGCAGGGCGUCGCGGAGGCAGAGCCGGCGGAGGCGCGUCGUCCCAACUGGCAGGACAACCUGUUUGGCAUGUUUCCCGGCGGCAUUGGGGGCAGACGCAGGGCGCCAUCUCCAUCCCCGCCGUCGGAUGAUCGCCGGGCUUGAUUUAGUUGUCUCGUUUAUCGUUCAGAGCCAGUCCUAGAUGGAGUCUAUCGCCCGUUGAACCACUGCACGCCGCUCCAUACGCUACGGCGUAUGGGCACUGAAGGGACAGGAGCUGUUUUCAUUUGUGUUUUCAUUUGUCAAUUUGGGAUCAAGCAAGCAUCGGUGGAAUUGUGGCC